AUGUUAAAUGAAUCAUCUCGAUCACAGGACUUUACGGCAGGAUUUGAAGAGUUGGUGAAGCAAACGAAGGAGCUACAGGACAAGCUACGGAGGAUAAGACUCGAACUAAACCAACUAAUAGAGGACAGUUUGCCCAACUACGCUUUGGACUCACUAGGAGCCAGAGUUUUAUCUCAUAUUUCUUCAGAAACGUACCAGGUACAAGAAGCAGGUCUGACAUUAUUGGGAAUACCUAUCUGGCGUCCACCUGAAAACCCAAGAACUGUUAUCAAAGGAGACUCACAUCUAGUCCCAGGAAGAUGCUGGGCCUUUUCAGGCAGAAAUGGACAUUUAGUCAUCGCCUUGUCCCACCCAGCCACGCUUAGCUAUGUGACACUGGGUCACAUUUCCAAGAGCCAGAGCCCCACUGGCUCCAUUGCCAGCGCCCCAAAGGAGUUUUCUGUCUAUGGAAUGGAGACUUUGAAUGAUGAAGGAACGCUACUAGGAACCUUUUUUUAUGAUCAGGAUGGGGAACAACUACAGACCUUCGGACUAUUGGAACAUGAAACGUCUGUCUACAAAUAUGUGAAGCUGCAAGUCCAGAGCAACUGGGGCCAUCCUGAAUACUCUUGCCUAUACAGCUUUAGGGUCCAUGGGAUGCUUGCAUAG